UCAAAGCAUAUUCAGUGAUAAGGCAUUUUAUCAGGCUCCAUUAUUUGCUCUAAGAUACCGAGGGCGUCCGUGAAGAAAAGGAGACGCGAGGGAUGCUGAAGUAGGGCGGGAUGCUGUGGACUGAAAACGCCGCGGGGGGAAGACCAAGAGAGAACCAGCGGGUGGCGGCAAACGAAUGGCUUCUCCAGAGCUGCUUUCCGUAGAUAAGGGAGACAGGCAAUCCGAUCCUCCCAACGUCCUUAGCAGGGUUUCCAGCGUGCUGCACGUCCGCAAGUCAGGCGGAUCAACAGGAGGAGCGCUCCUCGGGGAGGACGGCUUUAGCCCGGCCCUCAGCUGCCAGGGCCGCUGUCAUUCAGCACCAAGGACGGCGCCUUCACGUAAGGGAGGGACGGAGGUAAAACUCUGUCAUCUCGCCGAGGAAAAAGUCCGAGUUUGCUGCGACGAGGAGUUAGAGACCUCUUUCACCUACAUCGAUGAGAAUGUUAACCUGCGACUGGCCAGUCCGGAGGCAAGUUGCAAAAGUAUUCACAGAGCCGUGCGCAACGGCGAGCCUUGUGCAGAGACGCUGCCGGAGCUUUCCCUCAUGUCCGAGGAUGAUCUCUCCUUAGGGGAGGGCUCUGGGUCUUCUGUAGACUACGGCUUUAUCAGCGCAGUCACGUUCCUGGUGACCGGGAUCUCUUUGGUUAUCAUAUCCUACGCCGUGCCUCGGGAUGUGUCGGUGGACCGGGACAGUGUGUCGGCGAGGGAGAUGGAGAAGCUGGAGAUGGAGAGCGCCCGGAUAGGCGCUCACCUGGAUCGGUGCGUAAUUGCGGGCCUGUGUCUCCUCACGCUGGGCGGAGUGGUGCUCUCCACGCUGCUGAUGAUCUCCAUGUAUAAAGGGGAGAUGUACAGGAGACAGCUCGUAGCGAUUUCCAAGCGCUCCACCAAACUGUACGGCUCGAUCAGUCUGAAAACAAGAUCCAGCCCCAGUCACUCAUCUGCACACUUGUCCCUGGAGGAGGACGUAGAGGAAACGUUGACUUAAAGUGCUGUGCUGCACAUGACACUUGUGUGUAACUGAGAUAUUAGUAACAUCCAGCAACUUCUAGCAAGAGUGUAACACAUUGUCUAACAAACAGCUGCAUUACAUUCAAAGUGUAGGUCAACACAGACCUGUACAUUUUUUCUUAUAUAGCUACAGAAAUAGAACAAAUUCUGUAUCAUUUAUCUACAGGCUAACCAGAAUGGAUAAGAAAAGGAUUGUGAUACUAUGCGGGAAACAUUACCAGGAAAAGUGCAGUAUGUGGUAUCUGAUUGUUCUCAAAUGAUUAAGCAUGGCAGCAGAACAUAAAAGUGAGCAGUGAAAAUCUUAAGAGCCUUGUGUCACAAAUACUGGAUCACAUUUUUUGGGCCUGGGAUGCAAUCUCUGAGAGCCUCCAUUUAUUAUUAAGGCUAUCCAUAUUUAAUGUGAAUGUUUCCAACAGAGAAAUGCUGCACAGACACAUUUCAGGGAGAGAGAGUGUUUGUCCUCACUAGGUACUGAGGAGUAGGACUGUGGAUGGAUAGAGAGCUCUCCCCUAUCCAGUCUGAUGUGGCAAAAUCUGCUCAGUGGUCCACAUGAUAAUAUCCAGUGACAGUCUGUCUGUGGAGCAAUGCUGAGGUAAGCCAAUAAGCUCGGCUCCAUGCAUCUCAGCCAGAGCUCCAUGUCGGUUUGAUUGUAGUGAGCAGUUUGACUGCACUUGACAGCAUCAACUUGUACCGUGCAUCCUCCUCUGCUCUCUGCUCAUCCACUCUGCUCUCCUUCUGCCCUCCGCUCACCUCCUCUCUCCUCAUAUCUUCAGCCCUCCCUCUCUCUCUCUCUCUCUCUCUCCCACAGGAGAGCUUCCUCCUCCUUUCUGCAGAACUUUGGUGCUCCCUUCGACACAUGAACAAACUCUACAUCUAAACUGUGGAUUGCUUAUGCAAUGAGUGUGUGGGAAAGGUCCUGGGUGACCACGACUAAGUGCCUACAACACUUCAAUUCUGAUGAGCGUCUUUCUUUCUUCCUUCCUUCCUUUCUUUCUUUCUCUCCCUAAUUUUUCUGUCUCCAACUGCGGAAUGGGCUCAAGAUCACCUAAUCACACAUGAAAGAGUUGCCCUACUUCCAAAACGGCACCACUUCAAAGAACUAACUACCUUUCCAAAGAAAGGUAUUGUCCUUUUAAAAGGUUAUAUUUGAUGUUAUCAUUGCGAGUUCCUGACUAAAAUAUAGCAGAGGAAUACAUUAUGGAGCCAAGAGCUUAUGAAAAAGAGGCUUUUCAUGUGUAGAGUUACAAAAAAAUGUUAUUGCUCUAGGGACAAGACAAGUCCUUGAUGAGCAGAAUUUUUUAACAAAUUCUCCAACCAAGAGGAAUUCAGACUUUAUCCAGUCUUGUGUGUUUCUCUUUCUGUUUAUGCAGCCCUGCAAAAAAAAAGGAAAAAAGGAAAAAAUUAAUCCUCAUUGUAACCUCAAAUAAAUC